AUGUCGGAACCAGCAGUUGAUCCUGAUUUCAGAAUGUAUCGAUUUAAAUACAAGAAAUACAGUUUCUUCACGAACACAGAUGCCCGACAAUGGUCAUUUCACUGUUUUUACAUUUCUAGCCUUCACUCAGGAGACUCACCUAAAACAUUCAAUGAAAUUUUCGACAAAUGUGUUGCCAGCCUGAAAUUCAUUCAAAAGCAGAACAAGGUUCCAAAGUCAAUUGUAAAGUUUGUGGGAGAGCUAAUGGAACACAAUCAGUCCAAUGAAUUUAAGAACUUACAAGUUGCUUGCGAGCAGGAUUUCUGUGCUCAUGUUCUCUCGACUCUUUCAAGUGGAUCGGUAACAAAGAGCAAAAUGGCAAAAGGCUAUAUGAAACAGGCGAGUGAUAUCUUGGCUAGUGCAAUGGGAGAACAAGAUGAGGAGUUAGAUGAGGAGUUAGAUGAGGAGUUUGAUGAGGAUGGUACAAAUGUAUCGACAUUACUUCAAAAUAAGCAGAACUCUAAUCGAAAGUAUAGUUAUGACACACCCAGACGUGCUAUAAUGAUUGAACCCACAAAAAGUACUUAUGAAUUCGAUGAUGAACAAACUUCAUUAAGUCCCUCACCAGUCGCUUCUUCCUCAACACAUAAUAAUUUGAAAAGAAAAAUAGAAGAUGGCCAGUCGGAUUUUGAAGAACUGUCACUAUUGUUUGAUGAAUCAAACGAAGACAACCUUGUAGAAAAUAUUAAUGAAAAUGUACUUGAACAAGAAACCAUACUGCCAUGUACAAGUGAUUCUUCAAAGGAAAUUUUUUGGGGAGCAGAUCUGCGCAGAUUUUCAGAAAUUAUAUCUGCGCAGAUCUUAUACCCUGGCGCAAAACAUUAG